AUGCAGCGUCAAGCACGUCACCACAUCUUCAUCACCUUCAAGCGCAUACAGCUGUUGGCAUCGGCAGUUGUAGACGUGCGCGAUGACACGGAUUUGCCAAGUGAGAGCGAGCGCGAGUGGUACGCGACCGGGGAAGCCCAAAGAGCCCGACACGCGGUCAAUUGUCAGAAAAAGAGAGAAGAGAAGAGAGAGAGAGAGAGAGAGAGAGAGAGAGAAUUGUCGAGAGAGAGAGAGUUAAGAGAGAGAGAGAGAGAGACGAGAGAGAGAUUUGAGAGAGAGAAAGAGAGACGAGAGAGAGAUGAUGAAGAAUGUCAGACACAAAUGGCAUUGUCAGACAAUAUGAUGCUGGUGGGGAUCACGUCAGAGCUGUCGAGUGAGGAUGCCAGCGGGCUGGCCAAGCUCACGGGCAUCUUUAUGUUGAUUGCCUUCUUUGUGCUUUACCCCAACAAUGUGGCUCAGGGCUUGGGUCUAUCCAGCGAGUGCCUGUUCCGAAAGUUUUUGCCAAAUCCCUCGGCGUUUUUUUUUGAUCACCAUGUGGCGUGGUGGUCGCACCACCGAUGGACCAACCAUCCAGCCUGCCGUCAUCUGCGGUCUUACUCUCCAGACUGGCUCCGGGUGGCGCGCGCCAUCAAUGCCGAGGCCUGCCACAUGGAUCGCGUACAGGUGCAAGUCGGCACCCGUACGAUAUUGAUUACCGAUUCUUGGCUCGUUCAGUGUAACGUGUAUUCCCUCGACAUUGCCCUGCAGGCGAACGUGGAUAUGAGUGUCGUGCAGGCCUGGGAAAUUCACUCGAUUCACUCAAAUGAAGCGCGACAAAUGCUUCGUGUGCAUGUCACGUCCGUCAACGCGGCAGUCAAGCCCUUUAACGUGGUACUCGAUUCUUUGCAGUACGGCAUCCUUCGAGACAAGCUCUCCGUCGCCGUGCGCAUGGUGCAAAACAUUCAGCUGCGCGUGAGCGUGGCUGACCGCUUCCUGCACGAGCUGCGUCAAAUCGUGGAAGAGAACCCACCCUACCUGGCACCUCCCAGUCAAAUGGUCAGCCUCUGUCUGCUUGUGCAGGAGCAAACCGGCGUGCCCACACACCAGCCGAUCUCACCAGAUGAGGGUGAUCAGUGCAUUGGUUGCUUGAACGCCCAGCCCAAUAUCAAGAUUCAAACCAACAGUGCGGACGAGUCGCUGGGCGCCUGUUACUGCCGUCCAAUGUGGUGCUUGGACUGCUUGGGCAAGGGUGUGGCUGUGGGGGGGAGAGAGAGGGAGAGAGGCAAGGCGUACUUCAGAGCUACCCGCUGUGGUGAACGGUUCAGCGCACCCUGCAAGAUGUCGUACCGUGACCUUCGCAACUUUACCGAAAUGCUCCGUGCUCUCGGAUAUCCGCGCCUCGUUUCCAUCGAGAACUUUCGUCAGCCCAACUUUCCGCUCGUGGCAGAGAUUCUUGUUUGGCUCCUCAAAAAAUUUGAUCGAUCUGCUGCCAUCCCUUUGGAUAUUGACACGGAGGCUGAUCGCGUCAUCUUUAUCAAGGCCAUAGCAGCUUUCAUGGCCACCAAAGCACACGUCCGCCUAAACACUCGGCGUUUAUAUGGCGCAGACGGUUAUGCAGUCCGCGAAAUGCUCAAGGUGACCUCGCUCAUCUAUUCCGCAGCCCGCCAAGCUGCCGGCGCACCCGGGGUCAGCAGUGGGGCUCCACCCGUUUCCCUGAGCGACUUUGACAUCAACACCAAGCUCGGCGACCUCAAGCAAACCCGGAUGUUGGCCGGUGAAAUCACUUCCCGUGGUGCUAACCUAUAUGAGCUUUUGGAGAACGAGCCCGAGCUGCGUGCCAACCGCAGCCGCGUUCUAGCCUCGGGCAUGGAUAUUGAGCAGAUUGAACAGGCCGUGCGCACCAGUCUGCAGCAGCUGCGCAUGCAGACCGAGAAAAUCAACGGCAUGAUGAACAACAUCGCAGCCGAUGAAGCCAACCUGGAGGGCAAGCUGGAGAAGAAGCGCCUGGACUUGGACCGCAACCAAAAGCGCCUCAAGAGUCUUCAGAGUGUUCGACCAGCCUUCAUGGACGAAUACGAGAAGCUUGAGGGUGAACUGCAAACAUCCUACGAGGAAUACGUGGAAAAGUAUCGCAAUCUGGCAUACUUGGAGAAAGAGCUGGAAGAUUUCAACCAGCGCGAGCAGGACAAGUUUCAAGAAACCGAGCGCCAGCUUCGUCGCAUGCAGGAUCGCCUUCACGACGAAGAGGCACGCUUGAUGCGUGGAGGCGAGGACGGCACCCUGGAUCUGGACGAAGACGACGAUGAUGAGGACCUCGACUAUAAUGACGGCCUUUUAGAUGAGGCACCGGAUAGCGAUGAGGAGCUUGAACGGGAGAGCAGCCGCUAUCAGCGCCACGCUCGGCAAGCUGCGGCCUUUGGUGACAUGGGCGCGGGUCUUGAGGAUGAUGACGACAAUUCCGACGUCGAUCUCUCGGCCUCGGAUGGGUCAGAGCUCACAGAUGACGCGGAAGAAGACCUUUUAACCUACAAGCAGGGCGAUGAGGUGCUGGAUGACACUGAUGACGAUGACUUUUGA